AUGACAAAUAAAAGUUCUAUUCGUCGUCAGCAAGCUCAAAAAACAGCGGCAGUUACUUCUACAAAUAAUGCCACCUCUUCUUCUUUAUUAUCUCUACCAACGAAUGAAGAGAAAUUAUAUGUAUCCAAAAUGUUAAAUGAAUUAAAAAUAUCCGUAAAAGAUCAAGAUAAAUUGAAUUUAUUAAAUGCAGAUAAUGAAAGUCCGGCUAUUAAAACUUUGUAUACUAAAAUCAAAAAAGAAUUUUCGGAAAAUAAAACAGUUCUGAAGAUACCGGAAUUGCUGGCACCUGCAAAUAAUUCAAGGUCGCAAGGAACACCACGACCUCAAAACGCGUAUAUAUUAUUUCGAAAGGAUGUAUCGAAAGGGUUGUACACGCUAAAGCGGAUGAACAGAAGUGUAAAUUACUCUUCAAAAAUUGCUAGUUAUUUAUGGCAGAUAAUGAAAUCUUCGCAACAAGAAUAUGAGUUUUGGAUGACUUUAUACAAGAUUGUCAGUAUAAAACAUUCUGAAACUUAUGAAGGAUAUGUAUAUCGUCCAAUUAGAAGAAAGCGAAAUGAAUUUAUCAGUUCAACUCUGACAUCUUUAGAAGCUUCUUCUACAACAAAUCGAUCAUCUUAUAUCGUAACAAAUGAAAGUGCAGAUCAAGGGACGUUAAUCAAUCAACAUCCGAUUACACAAAUAGCUGAAGAACAACCGAAUACCGUGGAUCCAAUACGAUUUCAAGGGAUGACAACAAUUUUACCAAGCAUCCAUACAAAUGCUCCCGGGAUAAUGACGACACAUCAAAAUAGUACGGCGCAAUUCGAAUUCGCGUCUCCCGCGCCACAAUACGUGGAAACCACGGUAUUGCAUUCUACAUACGCCGUGAAUUCUCAACAAACGCAAUUUGUUAGUCCUUCAGAAUUGACAAUAUCACAACUGGAUAACUAUUUCACGGGACUAUCACAGCAAUAUUACCAACAACUUGCAAAUACGUACAGCAACAUGUCUGCGAACUCCUUCGCCUACGCAACUUCAAUUUCAAAUCAGCAGAAAUAUUACAUCCAAUAUUCUGCUGGUGAUACUACCCAUUUCAGUUUUCCAACAUACGAAGAUUUGGAUUUACCUCCAAUCAAUCCAAGGCUUGAUGAGGAUUUUUUGAUCGCAUCAUGA